AUGGAAGACUCGAACCGGCCAACGUUCGAAGGUUUACCAGUGGAAUUGCAGAUUUCUAUCUUAUUCAAUAUCGAUGACCUGGAUUCCCUUCGAUCGCUUGUAUUUGCCUCACCGACAUGUCACCGAGCAUAUCAGCUCGUGAGACAAGAACUUCUCUGCGUGCUUCUACAGAGCUCUUACGAUGGACUUGUAGACAUCGUAGAUGCAGUAGCUGCCGUUCGGUCCAGAGGCUUAUACGCCAUCAAGCCAUCGAACCGUGCAAAGAUUAUUGCCUUGUUGGACAGCCGACGGCGAAGUGAAGAGAUCCGUCGCCUGGGACUAUCAUCAUGGCUGUUUCCAGACGAACCUGCUGAUACUGGGGAGACAAUUCAACUACUGCAUCUCCAUGAAAAGGCCAUUUUUCUCCUCGACGAUUACACCAGAACGGCAGUUCGUCCGGAGUGGAUAGACUUGGAGAAAUGGAAGAAUGAAAUUUUACCCCAGACCCUAUCCAGAACGGAACAAAGACGGUUUCUUCGGGCAUUCUAUCGGAUGCAGAUCUAUGGUAACAUAUUCGGUCCUAUUGAACUUCCCCUGGGUGCAGACGACGUCGAAGAAGAAAAUGACUGGUUCCAUGAUGGGGGCGGCCGGACGCCUACUUUCACGGAUGAAGAAAUGUGGCGUCUAUUCUUCGGGCCCAUGGCGCCAUGGGAAGUCGAAGAAUUCAGCUGUUUCUGGCGGCAUUGUUAUCAUCGAUGGGAAGAGCCAUAUCUUGAAAAAUCAAAAAGCCUUGCCGCUUAUGUGGCUCCUGGCGUUAUCUUCUUCAGCGAUCUUCCUCCCGAAGAGCGGCACCCUCUGAAUCGCCUUGGAUUGGACAUUGACCAUAUGCAUAUUCACCAAGAUGAGCACAGGGGAAUUCUGGCCUACAUGGUACCAACGUUCCUUGUGAAGAUACUUAGUGAACAGGAUUUCAGAACUCGCCGCGACUUGCUUCUGGCCAACAUCGUUAUUCAUAACCAUUCGUUUGCUGAAUAUUGGCCCAAACCGAGUUGGGAUGAAGCCGGAGCGUUGCCUCUUCUAUACCCUGCAGAUAGAUUCGACUUCGGCACCGAUGUCAGUGGUCUCAAGGCAUACUUGGAGACGCUGCCUCUGCACGAGCGGCCUAAUAUCGCCUGGACGCAGUGGUGGCUCGACACAGAGCUGGAGUCUCCCCAAGUGUUUGAGGAUAUGUACUCGUAUGCCCCGAACUCUCGGUGUUGGGAUUGGGGAUAUGCUAUUUGGGACGAUGAAAGGCUCAUUGAAUGGGGCGCCAUGGAUCAUCUCGAACCCCCUUAA